UUUUUAAACUGAAGUCUCUUGAAAAGCUCUCUAUGUCAAGAUGCCCAAAACUGAAGAAACUAGUAGAAAAUACGGGAGAGACAGAGUGUUUGAAACCGUCUAUGAGAAGUAAGCUUUGCUCCUUAUUCAGAAGAAAGAGUCUAGAGCCUUCGUUGCCAUCUCCAAGGGCUUUACCGUCUUUAUGGUCGUUAGAUCUAACUGAUUGUCAUCUUAGACAAGGAGUAAUCCCAGAUGAUAUUGGCUACUGCUUUCCGUCUCUAUCACACUUGCGUCUUGAUGGAAAUGAUUUAAUUACUCUUCCCGCAAGCAUUAAAUGCCUUUCUAAGCUUAGGCUCAUUGAGUUGACGGGGUGCAAAAGGCUUCAACAAUUACCGGAUCUCCCAUUGAAUGGUCAUUUAGAUGUGUGGGCAGAUGAUUGUGAUUCCUUAAAAAAGUUGUUAGAACCAUCACAGCAGGGCACAUCCUCCAAUUUAGACUUCUUUCGUUUAACAACCGUGAACUGCUUUGGAUUGAUUGACAAUGAAGGCUUCACUAAUGGAAUAUUUUCGUAUGCUAAGGAGAUUGGCUGCUCAGGGAAUCCCUCCGGACUUUCUCUCAUGUACUUAUCGUCCAACAUUUGAAAUUGUAAGUCCUGGAAGUAGAAUCUCAGAGUGGUUUGAUAUUCGAAGCGAGGGAGGCUCAUUGAUUGUGGAGCUACCUCCAGAUCAGAAAAAUUGUAAAUCAGAGUGGAUGGGCUUUGUGUUUUGUGUUGUUUUUGCCGAUCGGAAAGAACCUCACACUCUUGAAGGUCUAUCGCCUGGGGUCGGUGUUAAACACAUUCAUGAUUCAGAAAAUCACUUUCUGCGUCUAUAUGUCAGCACGCAUAUGAAGGGAGAUCAUCUUUGGGUGUCUUUUAUGCCUCGUGGUCGAAUCCGGGAUACCACAAGUUGCUCUUUUACGUUCUCAUUCGACGCGUAUUGUCCUCGUAUUCCAUGCCCGAAUUGUGUGAAGAGGUGUGGAGCCCGAUUGUUGUACGAGGAAGAUUUGAAAAACUUACUCAAUCCACCCACCGACAUCAUGAAACGGAGUCUUGAAUUAUGCGACUCAAAGGGAGGCAAAAGCAAGAGGAGAAGGUCCGAGUAAAAUUGCAAGUGGUAGAUAGCUUUAACAAUGAAUCAUUAUUCAAAAGACUCGAGGCAUGAUACUAAUCGUUUUUGUGGAGUAUCAAGUUGCUUAAGUCCAAAUUGGUCAAAUAGCCGAGUUACCCCCUUCUGCUUCUGAUUCUCGUACAGCUGGGUGGUUUUGUACUCUUCGGCAAUGAUGGGGUCCUUAAGGUCUUACAACUAUUCUUUCUUUGAACAUUUGAGAUUUUGAGGAGUACAUCCACUGUGAAAUUUUCCGCGCAUUGGCGGGGGCUAUCUAGGCCUCCAUUUCACUAUGGUGAUGAGAUUAUGAAGACGAGGAUGAUCAUGAUGUUCCUUUGAUUGAUUUGGAAUUGUUAUUCCAUGUUAGUUU